GUUGUGAGGUUUUUUACUGCCUGGAUCAAACACUGACUUCUUUUCGAGGUUGAGUCUGAAGUAACAUGGAGCAGAUCAGCAAACAUUACGGCAGGUACAAGAACUUCAACUUCCUCUGUGAGCUCACGUCUGUCGAGUACCUGGAUUCUCUCCAGAGCUUUGAAGUACGAGACUCUGACAUUUUCCUGGUCACUUAUCCAAAGUCUGGCACGAUCUGGACUCAGCAGAUCAUCAUCUCCAUCUGCGAGCUAAGCGGCGGCCUGAAUGAAUAUCCAAACAACUUUGAGCAGAUGCCGUGGCUGGAAUACACGGAGGGGCGUCCAGAUUACGCUCUGAGACCCUCUCCACGACUCUUUGCCUCUCACCUCACCCCGAUUCUCAUGCCUCCAGGCCUGAAGGACAAGAAGGCAAAGAUAGUCUAUGUGAUGAGGAAUCCAAAGGACAACAUCGUCUCCUAUUAUGAGUUCAGCAAAAUCUUUGCCGACACAGAGGCUCCCGAGGGCUUUGAGAGUUUUUUUGAGAAGUAUUUGGCGGGCAACGUUGGAGCAUCGUCGUGGUUUGACCACAUCAGGGUGUGGAACUCAGCGAGAGACGAGUACAACAUCCUCUUCCUGACCUAUGAGGACAUGAUUCUGGACCUGAAGGGGGCAGUAACUAAGAUCUGCAGCUUCUUAGGGAGAACCCUCAGCGACAACGCCAUCGAUCAAGUCGUAGAAAAAUCCACAUUCAAGACGAUGAAGAAGGACUCAAAGGCAAAUUACAAGUUUAUCCCAAAGGAGAGGCUCAGUGGAGACUUCAUGCGCAAAGGUCAGAUCGGUGACUGGAAGAACUUCCUCACAGCUGCUCAGAGUGAGAGAGUUGAUCAACUGGUUCAGGAGAAACUGGGCGAUCUGUCUCUGAAGAUCAUCUAUGAAUAAAAAAAUUCCUGUGAAGAUCCUAAAGUGACUAAAGUUCGGAUGGUUUCCAGCUAGGAUGCUUCUAAUGGUGCUUUUCCAUUAUACAGUUCUAGUACGACUCGGCUUCCAAGCGAGCUGAGCCGAUACUGUAAUGUGACGUCAGACUGCCGCGAGUGUCGGCCACUAGAAGAGUCAUGAGCGCGACGUCCGACGCAAGAAUCAAAGCCAACAAUAGGUCAGUUAAAAAGACUUUAACAUCCGUAAAACAUUGACGUUAACCUCCAACAUUUAGCAAAGGAAACGUCUACUAUCUCAGUAUUUAACCGAGGAGUCUGGCGUAGAGACAGCACUGCUGAAUGCCGACGAUCUUAAGCCAAAUCACGACCACGUUCAGUCGUCGGGUUGUCUCGAAUCAACUGAUUCUAAUGAUUCAGUUAUACCCAAAACAACCACUUUACAAGUCACUCAUUUGUGCGUUUGUGUCACGUACAAAAAACCACGUCGACUCCUCCCACAUCGAGAACUGUCAAACGGAAAAGUGCCAUCGUAGUUUCUAUUGUAGCUGCUGUCAAUAAACAUGAAACAAGA